AUGUACAUAAAGAGCAUCGAACUCGACGGGUUCAAAUCGUACGCCCGGCGGACGGAGAUCAAAGACUUCGAUCCGCUCUUCAACGCGAUCACUGGACUGAACGGAUCUGGAAAGAGUAAUAUUCUUGACUCGAUCUGUUUCUUGCUUGGCAUCUCGCAGCUUAAUCAAGUUCGCGCGACAUCGUUGAACGAUCUUGUUUACAAGAAUGGCCAAGCUGGAAUCACCCGCGCCACCGUUUCGAUCACAUUUGACAACCGGGACAAAGACAAGUCCCCGAUCGGCUAUCAUGACAGCGAUAAAAUCGUUGUCACUCGACAGAUUAAUGUCAACGGCAAGAACAAAUACAUGAUUAAUGGCGUCCACGCGCAAAACAACCGAGUUGCCGAUUUCUUCCAAAGCGUUGGAAUGAACAUCAACAAUCCCCACUUUUUGAUCAUGCAGGGACGCGUGACAAAAGUCAUGAACAUGAAGCCAAUGGAAAUCCUGUCAAUGAUCGAGGAAGCAACAGGAACUCGAAUGUACGAGUCAAAAAAAGACUCGUGCACUCGUGCCAUUGAGAAAAAACAACUCAAGUACAACGAAUUGACGAAAAUCCUCAACGAAGACCUUCACCCGCAAAUUCAGAAGCUCAAAGGGGACCGAGAGAGCUACAUGAGAUACCAGCAGUUGACGCGGCAGAUCGAGCUCAGCGAGAAGUUCGUCAUUGCUUUCAAAUACCACGCGCUUGAUCAGAAGCUGCAAAGUGCUGACGAAGGAAAAGCGCAGCUUCAGGCAGAGUUGCAAAACGCUCGCGAGGAGGACAACCGGCUAAAAGAAGCGAAUGCUCAAGCUGAAGAGUCUGUUAAAAAGAUGAGCGAGCAGAACGAAGCCGAAGAAGGUUCUCAAAUGGCUGAAAAUGAGGCUAAACUGAAACACCUCAGAAACACAGAAGCGAAAAAGCUCGGAGAAAAGAAAGCCGAGCAAGACAAGGUGAAACGACACCAGCAAAAAGUGGAGAAGCUCAAGAAAACCGUCAAGAACACGGAGCAGUCGAUCGAAGCGAAAGAAACGGCCCGUGAAAAGAUGCAGAAUGCGCACGAAUCGAACGCAGCAAAAGCGAAACAGGCGGAAGAGGAGUACAACAAGGCCACAAACAUGUUGGAACAGCUACGGGUUGGUACGGCAGUGAGUGCUGAUGGCAGCGGCAAGACGAUGGCCGACGAAGCGAUUGAGAAGCGUCAGAUAGUUUCGAACAAAGAAACGGUUCUAAAAACAACAUCCGCGAAGAUUAAGAGGAAUAACACUGACAUCAACAAUCUGAAACGGCAAAUGACAAAAGCGUCUUCCUCGUACAAUGCGGAUAAGAAGCAAAAAGACAAGGUCGUCAGUGAACUCGAGAAAAUCACUGCUGAGUUGGACCAAGGCGGAUACAACGAAGAGGAAUACACUCGCAUGGCAGCAAGGCAUAAUCACCUUGAGAACGAAUAUAAUAAUUUGAAAAGUCAGGAGGAGAAAUUCUACGAGCAUUUCAGUCGAAUCGAAGAUCCACUACGAUAUCCGCCCAACUUCGACCGCAGGAAAAUUAUCGGAUUCGCCGGCAAACUCGUCCGGGUCCAUAAGAAAGAAUUUCUCCCAGCUCUGGAGAAGACAGCGGGCGGAAAACUUUACAAUCUGGUCGUCGAUUCUUCCGAAACUGCGCAAUACAUCUUCAAGAACAAGCUUCUCAAGCGACGAGUCACUCUCUUGCCUCUUGACAAGCUUAGUGUACAUCGAGACGUCGACCCACGCAAAGUGCAAAAGGCGAAGUCCCUCGUUGGAGGACCGAAUGCCGAAGCUGCGAAAAACUGUGUCUCUGUGGACGAUCCAAGUCUCGACAUUGUCGCUCAGUUUCUCUUCAACGGCAUCAUCGUGACAAACACGAACAACAUGGCGAGUAGCAUCUGUUACGACCGAGACAUCAAAACCAAGACCAUCAGCAACGAUGGAGGAGUUUAUGAUCCUUCGGGCUCCAUUUCCGGCGGCGGUGAGAAGAACUUCUUGAUCCUGAAGGAGUUGGAGAAACUCCGAGACAUUGAAAAUAACAUUGAAGCGAUCAACGUAGAGUACUACGCCCUUCAAGAUCGAUUGAAAGAGAUGGACAGCUUCCAGGCGAAGUUCCAACGGCUAAAUGGAAAGAGAGCUCAAAUGAAUGCAAUGUUGGAGGAGCUGAAUCUCAAGCUCCAAAAUUCUGAGUUCGGCCGGCAACAAGCUGACAUUGACGCGCUUGAGGCAGAAGUGAAAGACAUGCAGCAGGUUCACGAUGAGGCCAAGGAGGAAUAUGACAGGGCGCUCAAAGAAGCCAAAGAGAUUGAAACUAGAAUGCACAAUUUGGAAAAGAAUCGUGAACAGGAAGGAAUUGAAAAAAUGGAAAAAGACUGUGCGGUCAAAAAGAAGAAGAUGGACGAUGAGCUGAGUCGAAUCGAACAAGCGAACGCAGGGUACGAGAGCAUGGGCAUGGAAAUCGCCGGCUUGAAGGAAGAACUCGCUGAAGCCCAAGCAGCGCUUCAGGAAGCCUCCGAGGAGUGCGUCGACAGUCAACUGCAGGGCUUUAUGGACGAAUGUAACGCUCUAAAGACGGAAAUUGAACAGAUGGUCGCGAUGAUCAAAGACCAGCGAGAGCUCAUCAAGGCUCGAAACACCGAAAUCAGCGAGGCCAGAAGAGAAAUAAAAGAGAAUGAAAAGCGGAUCAAGCAUCAGGCGGCGGAAAUCCAAAAAUGCGAGCAGCAGAUUCAUAUAUACGAUGAAACUAACGCUGCUGAAGUUCGACUCCGCGAUAAAUUGUACGAAGAGAACGAGUGGAUCGAGACUGACAAGAGCAUGUUUGAUAAGCGGGGCGGACCGUACGAUUUCUCCAACAGCAAUCCGCAAAAGGCUGAGAAGGACUUGAAAAGGGCCAAGGCACAGCGAGAUCAGCUUGAUGGACAGAUCAACCAUAGAUCAAUGGCUCUGCUUGUUCAAGCUGAAAAGCAGGAACAAGAAGUCCUCGCAAAACGAACCGAUGUUGUCGAGGAACUCAAACAGAUCGAAGGUUCGAUUAUGGCCCUUGACAAAAGCAAGAAAAGGGAAAUCACCGAAGCCUACCAACAGGUGAACCGUGACUUUGGUCGCAUCUUUUCCACGCUGCUGCCCGGAGCGACCGCUAAAUUGGCGCCACCAGAAGGCAAAUCGGUUCUGGAAGGACUCGAGUUCAAGGUUGGUUUCGGAAAUGUUUGGAAAGACAACCUCGGUGAGCUUUCCGGUGGACAGAGAUCCCUCGUCGCCUUGUCGCUAAUUCUAGCGAUGUUGCUCCUGAAACCGGCUCCAAUUUACAUUCUGGACGAGGUCGAUGCUGCUCUCGAUUUGAGCCACACUCAGAACAUCGGAACGAUGCUGAAGCAGCAGUUCCAGAAGAGUCAGUUCGUUAUCGUCUCCCUCAAGGAUGGCAUGUACGAAAACGCUUCCGUGCUCUUCCGCACCAAAUUUGUCGAUGGUGUAUCCACCAAAUCGGUGCUUUCGAAGAAACUAUUUGGGGAGUACGAAGAAAAUCCUUAUCAGGUUAGUCAAGCAGAUUUCUUUGCAAAGAUGCCACGAAGAGCGACUGGACGAACAGCAGCUCUAGCCUCUCAGCCAAAAAUUGACGUGUUCACCGAACGAGUGACGAGACGAAGCGCCAGAAUCAAGAAUGCAAGCCUCGAUGCUGAAAAUGAGAACAUUCGAUCGAUUGCCGCUCCGACUAAGAAGGUCCUCAUGGCGUCACCUAAGCGUCCAAACCAGAAGCUCUCUGUCUCUGAAGGUUCUCCAACAAAAAUGGCAAAGAAGAACCCUUUGACGGAAGGCCGCGAAACUCUCCAGCAGACGUACCAAAAGCAGCUUGAAGUGCUCAAGUCUCCCAGCAAGCUUGGAACUCUGACACCCGAUAAGUUGUCGUUCGACCUCGACAUGUCUCCUGAGAACGAAAAAAAACCAAUGCCAUCCAUCCUUCGAAGCAGACGAGCACUUGCAUUUGAUGAUGAAUCAAGCGGAGCUGAGGUUCUACCAUCGAGCAUUCUCCCGGAUGCACCCAAAGCGCCUGGCCCAGUCUUUUCUGGAGCUCAAAUCAAACGCAGCCGGGAAGUAGACUCGCAGCCAAAUUCUCCCUCGACUUCUUCUCCGAUGUACAAAAAACAGAUUGCGCCCCGGAUGUCCGCCAAAGAAGUCAUGUCCUCACCAAAGAAGAACCCAAGUCCACGUGGAAGCCCGAGGAAAGUCGAUGGAAGAUCUCGUGCGCAGAUUAUGCUCGAAGCAGCUGUUGGCGAAGUUAAAAUCAAUGGAAAGAGCUUGAGCAAGGAACUCCUCAAGAAACAGAUUGAAAAAUCUGGCAAGCUGAACGAGAUCAAAGAAAAGCUCAAGAGUAUCAAGACCGCCGAUGACAGAAUCCAGGCCAUUCGCGAUGGACGACUCAAAGCAAAGCGCGAUUCUCUGCGAGAGGUGUCUAAAGUUCGACCAAAGCCCACUCCGAGCCCCGAGAAUGCCCCUUGCUACAUGAAGUUCCGACAUUUGGUCGAGCCAGGAAGAAUGACAAAAAUGACUCUUCCGACUUCUUAUGAAAUGCUUGCAAAGCAGUUCGAGGCGGCGGAUAACACUUGCGCGACGAUGUUCAAUCGUGGGCAAGCAAUCGUUUUCGAAACGAUCGCUCAAGCUGUGCGGACUAUCCAUGGCCGCGCUUUUGAUACAGAUGAACUGAGCCAGAUUCGCUCACUCUAUCCGGAAGCGUACAAGUACGAGUGGAGAAAAGGGCUCUACGAUGCCAAGUCUGGCACUGGCCGUGUCAAAUCAACCGCUUAUCAACUCACUCUUCAUCCUCUUCUUGAGAAUGACGAAAACGACACCGUUGGAAAGCGCAUGAGCCUUGCCCAUCUUAACAGCCGAUACAAACUAAUCCGAAAAACGCUGUUCGGAAUAGUUUACGACCUCCACAAGAAAUUCCUUGAGACGAUCGGCGCGCCCGUCGACAAGAUGAAGCAAAUUACGCGAUGGCAUCCGGCAUUUCCCCUCGAGUCCUGUGAGGCGAUUAAGAAAACGGAUCUUCCCCCAAAGCCGGGAAGCACUGGUGGUCCCACAACUGCUGCUCAGCUCCUGAGCAUGAUGAAGGAACAAAUUCCCGAGAAAGCAGCAGAAAAGCUGAAGGAACGAAGAGCUGAACUCGAGAAAAUCGAACUCAAGAAAAUCCUCGACGAGAAAGAAGCUGAAAAACCUUCUACAUCGUCAGCCCAAUCCGGCAAGAGAGAGAUCCCGCCUCAUAUUCUCGCCAAAAUUCGAGCCAAACAGGCAGCAAAGGCCGAACAAGAAUGCUCCAAGACCGAGCAGAAUGAGACGGAAUCUAAUCUGCUGGAAAGUAUCCCUAAAGCUGCUUCGACGAUCCGAUCACACUUUAUUGCUGAAAAGAAAAACGCCUUUCCAUUCGAUACAGCUUGUAAGCAUCUCAAGCGCUCGUGGAAAUCGCCCAUCAGCCUUCAGCAUGCUGGAAAACUGCUAGAAAAGAUCUUCGAACUCAAGCCUGAGUUCCUCGAGAUCAAGACAGUUGUGGGGACCAAGUACUGUAAGCUCAAGAGCCGCGAUAUUCCCGUCACUAUCUUCGAACAACUCGUCAAGGAAAAGAUUGCUACUCUUGCAAAUUAA